AUGUAUUCCUCAAAGUCAAUGAUCUCUGGUCUAACAUGGAUGAUUAUCAUGAUGAUGAUGAAGAUACAAGAGUGUAGAGGCUGCACUUUCAGUGAAAGACAAGGUUUGUUAGAGCUCAAGGCCUAUUUUCUCUCGUUAAGUAGUGAUAUACAUCCUGACAUUGCUCGAGGAUGGAGGACGACUAGUAGACGCUCUUGUUGCAGUUGGAGAAGAGUCAAGUGUGACCUGAACAGUAAACGCGUGAUUGGACUCUCACUUGGGGAUUUAUAUCAAUCAGGUUUCUCAGAUACUCUUCCUCUACUGAACCUAACAUUUUUGUAUCCUUUUGAGAAGCUUCAGCGUCUCAACUUUUCAAAGAGUAGCUUGGGAGGCUUGUUUGACCAAAAACAAAGUUAUAAGAGCCAUGAAAGAUUCAGACAUCUUGAGAUUCUUGAUCUCAGUUACAAUUUUUUCGACGCUAGUGUUUUUCUUUUCUUGAAAGAGGUUGUGUCGCUCAAGACUUUGUUUUUUGGUGGAAACUGCAUUGAUGGUGGCUUUCCUGUGAAAGAACUGAUUAAUCUGAAAAACUUGGAACUACUAGAUCUAAAGCUCAACAAUAUCAGCGGCCAUUUACCAGGAAAAGAGCUCACCAAUCUAAAGAAGCUCAAAGCUUUGGAUCUAAGUGAGAAUCUAUUAACAGGACUUUGCAGAUUAGAGCAGUUGCAAGAGCUUCAAGUUAGUCAAAACAGAUUUGUGGGUGAAAUCCCUUUCUGUUUUUCAAGAUUCACCAAACUCCGAGUUCUUGAUCUCUCAUCAAACCACCUAAGUGGGAAGCUUCCAUCAUUCAUCAGUAACUUCAAAUCCAUGGAGUACUUAUCGCUACACGAUAACAACUUCGAAGGCUUGUUCUCUUUGGAUUUGAUCUCUGAGCUGAAAGAGCUCAAGGUUUUCAAACUCUCUUCAAAAUCUAGUAUGCUGCAAAUAGCAGAGACAAGUGCUACCACUGGCCAAAAAUAUCAGCUAAGGACUCUCACAUUGUCAAACUGCAACCUGUCCAAUAUCCCCGGUUUUCUCCGGUAUCAGAAGGAACUGAGAGUACUAGAUCUCUCAAGCAACACGUUAUCCGGAGCCUUCCCUACUUGGCUGCUAAAUAAUAACACAAAGCUUCAGAUUCUGCUAUUACAGAACAACUCAUUCAACGCCCUUGAACUUCUAAGACUUCACAAGCUGCAAUUUCUUGAUCUCUCAGCUAACAACUUCAACCAACAACUCCCCAAAGAUAUCGGUUUGAUGCUUCCGAGGUUGAGGCAUUUGAAUCUCUCAAACAAUGAGUUUCAUGGGAACAUGCCUUCCUCUGUAGACACAAUGGAAUAUUUAGAGUUUAUGGACUUAUCAUACAACAACUUCUCAGGGAACUUGCCAAGAGACCUCUUCAUUGGUUGCUAUUCACUGAAGUGGCUUAAGCUAUCUCACAACAGCUUCACUGGUCCUGUUGUUCCAAGAUCAAGUGACAUGACGUCAUUGAUGACUUUGAUCAUGGACAAUAACAUGUUUACUGGGAAGAUCACAAACACUCUACGCAACUUAAGACUCUUGACAGUGAUAGACUUAUCCAACAACUUCCUCACAGACCUGUCUGGUAACUUCUUGUCCGGUAGAUUACCGCUGCGGUUUGACUCGGACUACGGUUAUAUAUUAGACUUACACAACAACAAUCUCACUGGUUUUAUUCCAGAUACGUUGUGGAAAGGAAUGAGCACCCCAAGCAUCGAUGUUGUUCUAUUGAGAGGUAAUAACUUGACUGGCAAGUUACCUGCCGAGCUUUGCGGUUUAAGAUCCCUAAGAAUGUUGGAUCUUUCUCACAACAGGUUGAAUGAGUCCAUACCUUCGUGUCUCACUAAUCUAUCGUUUGGUUUGGGAGGAGAUGGUGGUAAUGAUCCAGAUUGGUAUCCAGCAAACAUGUUCUCAAACGUUAUGGAUGUGUACACCGAAGAGUACUACGAGUCUCUACUUGUGUCUGAACGGUUUGGUCUAGAUUACUCGGUGGAUUUUAAAGUCCAAGUUGAGUUUUCUAUGAAACAGAGAUAUGACUCGUACAUGAGAGGAACUCUUAACCAGAUGUUUGGUCUUGAUCUGUCGAGUAAUGAGUUAAGCGGCGAGAUACCUGAAGAGCUUGGAGAUCUCAAGAGAGUACGUUCGCUGAACUUAUCAAGGAACUCAUUAACGGGUGUUAUCCCUGGAAGGUUUACAAAUCUGAAAAGCAUAGAGAGCUUGGAUGUUUCUUACAACAAGUUACAUGGAGUCAUACCUUCACAACUCACAAUGCUGCAGUCUCUUGUUGUCUUUAAUGUAUCUUACAACAAUCUAUCAGGUGCGAUUCCGCUAGGUAAACAGUUCAACACCUUUGGUGAGAUGAGUUAUUUAGGUAAUGUUUUUCUUUGUGGAUCACCUACCAAUAGAAGCUGUGGAGCUGCAAUAAGCUCACGAGGAGAAGAAGGAUCAGAAGAGGAUGAAAGCGGAUUGAUUGAUGUUGUGGUCUUGUGGUGGAGCCUUGGUUGCACCUAUGUCACGGUUUUGAUUGGGUUUGUGGUGUUUAUGUGCUUUGAUUCUCCAUGGCGCCGAGCAUGGUUCUGCCUUGUUGAUGUGUUUAUUGAACGUGUAAGAUAUCUACUAGGAGUUAUCUAG